AUGAAUGAAUCAUAAUAAGAACAAAGACACACACACCACGCGCACUUGACUGACCACAACACAUUACAAUUCUCUCUUCUCUUCUCUUAUUGUCUUCUUUCGUUUCUUCUGCGUCUUAUUUUUCAUUCAUUCAUUCAUUUUCAUCACUCCCAGAAACCUCUUUCUGUCUCUUUUUAGGGUUUCAAAUUCCAGAUUCAUCAUUCCCACUCCCCGAUUCACUCACAGAUUAAUUCAUUUCACUUUCAUUCCUCUUCAAAUCGAUGCUGGAUAGAUUCUUCUUUUCAUCAAAUUCGGGAUACUGGGAGGGAACUACUGUAGUCAUUCAUUGAUUGAUUGAUUUGGGGAUUUUUUUUUUUUUUUUUUUUUUUUUUUGUGGGGAUUCGAUUCAUUUCAGAAGAAGAAGGUUAUGGAGAAUGGCAAUUUGGCUGAUAAGUUUUCAGGGUUGAAUAUUAACCAGAAUGGUCAACAACAUCUCAAUGAUCAAUCUAACAACAACAACAAUGAUAACUUGUUUCAGGUUAUGAAAGCUGUUGAAGCUGCUGAAGCUACCAUUAAGGAACAGGUAGAAGAGAAUAACCGGCUUAGGACUGAGCUUCUGAGUAAAAUUCAGGAACUGGAAAAAUAUAGGUUAUAUGAAUCACAUGAUCAAAAAUCACAUCCAGCCGCUCCAUGGAAGGAGCAGGGUCAUGGAUCUUAUGAAGCUCGUCAAUCACUUCCAUCAUCAGGUAACCAUUUUGAGAACAGUCACAUAAAUGGACCACCGAGAGUGCAGCCAAAUGAUCAGCUGCCUGUGGAUAACGUUGGCCACUCUCAGUUGUCUUCACCUUUUAUGAGGUCAAUCUCUCCAAGCAGGCAUCUGCCAGAAGGAGAUCACGAUUCUCGACCUGGUUCACCCCGGCAAGGCUUGAUGCCAAUGUCUGAAACAAAUAAUUCUAAUUCCUUACUGAAGCAGGAUCUGGCUAUUAAUGUCCGGGAACGUGAAGAAGAGAUCAUUCUAUUAAGGAAACAUCUAGCAGAUUAUUCUGCUAAGGAAGCACAAAUACGCAAUGAAAAAUAUGUCUUGGAAAAGCGCAUAGCAUAUAUGCGUCUGGCCUUUGAUCAACAGCAACAAGACCUUGUAGAUGCCGCAUCAAAGGCUUUAUCAUACCGACAAGACAUAAUUGAAGAAAAUAUACGUCUUACCUAUGCAUUGCAGGAUGCACAGCAAGAAAGGUCAACAUUUGUGUCAUCGUUGCUGCCUCUUCUCGCAGAAUACUCCCUGCAGCCACCUGUUCCUGAUGCCCAGUCAAUUGUUAGCAAUGUUAAGGUUUUGUUCAAACAUUUGCAGGAAAAACUUUAUCGCACUGAGUCAAAGCUAAAGGAGUCACAGUAUCAACUAACACCUUGGCGUUCAGAUAUGAACCAUGGAAAUGUUGCUACACAAUCACCAUUGAACUCCAUUGGCGCACCUUUGGCUACUUCAAAUAAAAAUAGCCUUGAACUGGUACCUCAGCAGAGGUACCCUCAAGUUAUGACUCAGGCCUCUGCUGAUGCUCAGGCAGGCACUGGUUGGGAUGCAAUGGGUCGCUACCAGAGCGGCAUGGGUGGUGGGCUGGUAGCGAAUGUUGAUGCUGAUGACAUGGGGAGAUAUUCACCUCUUGGAAGCAGGAAUUCUUCAUCCCAUGAUGCGCCCAAUCACCAGGGAGUUAUUCAGGGGGAUACUCAUAAUGAAUACUAUGGAGAGAUGCCUAACAAACAAGUCACAUUUCGUGACCCUGUCAGCCACAAUGACGUGGAUGAUCCGGAGGGUGAUGGGGACCAAAGUGAGAGAGAGACACCUGCUAACUGGAGUUCAGGAAACCCUCCUUAUACAACCACUGUUGAUGAUCCCAAUUCCUCAUAUUCUCCUUAUCUACCACCAGUUCUUGAAGAACCUUCUUCUUCAUUUUCGGAAGCUGCAGAUGAUGAUCCAUUACCAGGUAUAGAGGGCCUUCAAAUUUCAGGAGACGCCUUUCCAGGAAGGGAACUUCAGGCAUGCGGAUACUCCGUCAAUGGCACCACUAGUUGUAAUUUUGAGUGGAUUCGGCACCUGGAAGAUGGUUCCUUUAAUUAUAUUGAAGGGGCAAAGCAACCCAACUAUCUUGUGAGUGCUGAUGAUGUUGACACAUUACUUGCCAUUGAAGUCCAGCCUCUGGAUAACAGGAAGCGCAAGGGAGAACCUGUGCAAGUUUUUGCGAAUGAUAACAAGAAGAUCGUUUGUGAUUCUGAAAUGCAGAGCCACAUAGAGAAGAGUUUUUAUAGCGGACAUGCUUCAUAUAAAGUUUCUCUUUCGACCGGAUAUCUUGAUAUUUGGGAACCGGCCACAUUGACCAUCAAGAAGGAAGGUUACAGUAUCAAAAGUGGACCAAAUGGAGUUGUAAUCACAGAAAAGUUUUCUCCAUCGACCACUGUAAUGAUUCCAUAUGGUCAUAUUUCAGAAUUUGUUAUAAUUGGCUCCACUGGUGCUGAACAUCUGUUAAGAGCAGAGAACAACUCAACAGAUGUUAGUGGUGCUAGAGACACUAUUGUGCUCACGUUGAGAUUAUUUAUCCGAAGGGCUGGGGACAGAAAGAGGGGAAAGAGGAAGGGAUUAUUCUUUAACAAGUAAGGGAAAAUCGGCUAUUUGGCAGAAAAUCUCUGCUGUAAGUGAAAUUUGCUGAUCAUAGAUGGGGAAUGGGAUUGGUAGUUGUGUUUUGUGUGCUACAUAAAUUUUUGCUCGUUUCAUGUUCUAUCUUAGGGCAGAAUUAGCUUGAGCUGUAAUUGUGAUUCUAUAGGUCAUCAUUUGUUAGAGUAAAUUACCCAUCAUUUCUUUUUUAAAAUAUUUAAUGAUUCUUCCUAGCCAUUUUCUGUGUUAUGGGACUUAACCUGUAAAUUACCAGCUGUUUAUUGGUUAGGGUUAAAACCUGAUCCAAACCGUGUAGAACCGACUUAACCAAUACUUAAGGAGGUAAUGGAUAUACUUUAUUUUUUAUAGAAAUUGUUAGUCUCAGGUGAGUUUUGAAAUGUGUGAAUCAUGUUGCUAUAACAUUCAAAAUUCUACUAUUGAAUAAUAAAUAAUGAAUAAUUUAUUUUU